AUGAGUUCAAAGGACGAGAAAGCUAAUAAAGUAGUGCUAGUCACUGGAGCAUCGGGAUAUGUGGCAUUACAUUGCGUUCAUCAAUUACUCGUUGACGGCUACAGAGUACGUGGAACUGUACGAUGUAAAAGCAACACGCGAAAGGUAGCUCCUCUACUUCGUCUACCUUACGCAAAAGACCGAUUAGAACUUGUUGAAGCGGAUUUGCUAAACGCGGAGGAUUGGCCAAAAGCGGUUGAAGGCUGCACGUUUAUACUUCACGUUGCAUCACCAUGGCCAAUAAUCGCAGAUGAGAACACCAUCAAAACGGCGGUUGAUGGUACUCUUCAUGUGCUUCGAUCCGCAUCACUGGAACCAUCAGUGAAAAAAGUUGUAAUGACAAGCAGUUGCUCAGCAAUCAAUGAUGGGCACCCGAACGAUUCAAGGGUGUUCGACGAGACGUGCUGGACUAAUUUGAAUAGCCCUCAUGUUGACAACUAUGCGAAGAGCAAAACAUUGGCUGAACAGGCAGCAUGGGAUUUCUGGAGCACAUUAGAUCAUAGUAACCGCUUCGCUUUGACGAUUCUUAAUCCGACUUUCGUCAUAGGACCAAUGCUCUCUGAUUGCGAAAAUGGAAGCGCUACGAUUAUCGGAAGAAUGAUGGAUUUUCGCACAUAUCUUGCUUCGCCGAAGGUUAGCUUAGGUGUAGUGGAUGUUCGGGAUGUGGCUAAGGCACAUAUCGAGGCAAUGACGAGAAAAGAGACAGAUGGUGAACGUAUAUUGAUCUCAGCUCGAUCGAUGUGGUUUAAGAAUAUGCUGUACUGGUUGAGAAGAGAAUUCACAAAAAUGGGUUAUCUCAUAACUCUCAUUGAGACACCCACAUGGAUCUUCAAACUCUACGCCUCCUUAAAAAUUGACCCCCACGUGGCCGCUGUUAUGCAUAGACUGGGACCUAAGCUGCAGUUCGAUAACACAAAGUCACGAGAACUUCUCAAUAUGACCUAUAGCGAUGUAAGAGUUUCUCUAGUCGAAAUGAUGCACAGUAUGAUCCAACACGGUAUGGUUCGAACCACACCCGGUUACGAGAAAUGGCUGGAAAAGGAGAAAAAGAAGCAGAUCUCAUCAACUACCUCGGAUCAGUCCUGA